CCCGCUCCCUGCCGGGCGCCGCCGCCCUGGCCGCCAUGUGCUCCCAGCUCUGGUUCCUGACGGACCGGCGCAUCCGCGAGGACUACCCUCAGGUGCAGAUCCUGCGCGCCCUCCGGCAGCGCUGCUCCGAGCAGGACGUGCGCUUCCGGGCGGUGCUCAUGGACCAGAUCGCCGUCACCAUCGUCGGCGGCAACCUCGGCCUGCAGCUGAACCAGAAGGCGCUCACCACUUUCCCAGACGUGGUGCUUGUCCGGGUGUCCACACCCUCAGUGCAGUCAGACAGUGACAUCACCGUCCUGCGACACCUGGAGAAGUUGGGCUGCCGCUUAGUCAACCGCCCACAGAGCAUUCUGAACUGCAUCAACAAAUUCUGGACAUUCCAGGAGCUGGCUGGACAUGGGGUUCCCAUGCCGGACACCUUCUCCUAUGGUGGGCAUGAAGACUUUUCAAAAAUGAUCGAUGAAGCCGAGCCGCUGGGCUACCCAGUCGUGGUGAAGAGCACGCGCGGACACCGGGGAAAGGCUGUUUUUCUUGCAAGAGAUAAACACCACCUCUCAGACAUCUGCCAUGUGAUCCGCCACGAUGUGCCCUACCUGUUCCAGAAGUACGUGAAGGAGUCCCACGGAAAGGAUAUCCGGGUGGUGGUAGUAGGUGGCCAGGUGAUAGGCUCUAUGCUUCGCUGCUCCACAGACGGACGGAUGCAGAGCAACUGCUCUCUCGGUGGCGUGGGCGUCAUGUGCCCACUGACAGAACAAGGCAAGCAGCUGGCUAUCCAGGUGUCCAACAUCCUGGGCAUGGACUUCUGUGGCAUCGAUCUCCUCAUCAUGGACGACGGCUCCUUUAUGGUGUGCGAAGCAAACGCCAAUGUGGGUUUCCUAGCCUUCGACCAGGCCUGCAACUUAGAUGUGGGCGGGAUCAUUGCAGACUACACCAUGUCCUUGCUGCCCAAUAGGCAGACCGGGAAGAUGGCUGUCCUCCCAGGACUGUCUAGUCCCAGGGAGAAGAAAGAGCCAGACAGCUGUGCUUCAGCUCAGGGAGUCACAGAGAGCGUCUAUGCCAUCAACAGCGGGUCUACCUCUAGCGAGAGCGAGCCUGAACUGGGAGAGAUCCGGGGGUCCUCAGCAAGCACAGCGGGGGCCCCGGCCCCCAUGCUGCCCGACCCUGGCUACAACAUUAACACCAGGAUUGCUUCAGAAUUAAAACUUAAGUGAAUUCCUGCUUUUUGGCAGCAUUGAAACCAAAUCCUACUGCUUCCCUAGUAGUUUUGAGCGAAUAAAAUCUGGACUAGUGUGAUUUCAUUUGCACAGAAACUAGAAAUCCCAUCUGGGCACUCAGCAUUCUUUCUAACGAUGAUUUAAGCAAAUGGCCUAGCUUUGUGGUUUUUAUAAACACUUAUAUAAAAAC